AUUGAAAUAUUAAAUCUGCAAAUUGUUUAAGAGGAAAAGUCAACAGUAUGCACUUGAGAUGCAACACACACGCAUGCGAAUUAAAACUUAAAUAGCAUUGCGGAUCAGCUCAGUCUCUCUCUCUCUCUCUCUCUCUCUUGGCUCUAGGACCCAGAAGAAUAACUAGCAGGACAGUUUAUUUUUUGAGUGAUGAAAAGAACCGGCUCGUUUCUCCACGCAGAAGACUAAAGGGACUGUGCAAGUCACCUGGCUAGUCUGGAUAGUCAUCGCGCCGCCAAAGACAGAAAUAUUCACCCACAAUCUCCUCGAGGAAGAUCUUCCCCCCUUUUUCUUCCAUCCCUCCCUCCUCAGACUCCCUCUCCCAGACACAGAGUCCGUAUUCAGAGCACCGGGACUCGGCUGGAGGAGCGCGUUUGGAUACGGGAGGUUUCUGGAGAUCACCAAGUAGGGCAGCAGCGGAGUGCGCCCCGUCUAAUCAAACGAUCAUUCACUCACUCAAUCAAUCAAUCAAUCAAUCAGUCGGAUCACAUCAAGGAGCUGACAGCCUCCUUCUAAUCCGCCUGCUCGGAUUGAACCGAUUUCUUGAAAUAUACCGCAAAAAGGUUGAUUUGACAGAUUGAUCAAGCAGGGUUGCUGCAAACGUGCCAGUCUCGCGCUCAACGCUCUCAAUGACAACACGGUCUCUUACUGACGGAAACACUUUUGCCUUCGGAGAGGAAAACGGAGAGCGACACGCAAGUCUGUGUAUGUCACGUUACUGCUGUUGGGACACUCUGAGUGACUAGUUAUAUUUCAUUUAAGCUAUUGAAUAGUUGAGGCUGUCGCUGGAGUCGUGAUCAGCGGGAAUGAGACUGAGGGAAUCCGCCGCGGCUCGGAGAACUGGGCUGGCUUUCGCUCGGGAACUACAAGGCUAGAUAUACAACUUUUGUGUUAGACUUUAUCUUUCCAUAUGGAGCGAUCGGCAUCGCUGGACAUCGAGGCGCUGAAGAUGACUCAGGAGCAGUACAUCCUGGCAUCUCAGCCAAACCCCCUCCAAAGGCCGGGAUGUGCUACCGUGUACCCGGUGGGGAUUUAUGGCUGGCGAAAGCGCUGUCUCUAUUUCUUCAUCCUCCUCCUCCUUGUCACCAUGAUCGUCAACUUAGCCUUGACCAUCUGGAUCUUAAAAGUCAUGAACUUCACCGUGGAUGGCAUGGGAAAUCUCCGCGUAACCAAAGAGGGCAUCAGAUUAGAGGGCGUGUCGGAGUUCCUUCUUCCACUUUAUGUGAAAGAGAUCAAAUCCAGAAGGGACAGUCCUCUGGUCUUACAGUCAGACCGCAAUGUGACGGUGAAUGCACGGAAUAACCUUGGCCAGCUGACAGGACAACUCACUGUGGGCUCAGAGAUGGUAGAAGCCCAGUGUCAGCGGUUUGAGGUGAGAAGUAGUGAUGGCGAGAGAGUUCUCUUUUCUGCUGAUGAAGAGGAGAUCAGUAUUGGCACAGAUAAACUGAGGGUCACAGGCAACGAGGGAGUUGUGUUUAGUCAUUCAGUGGAAACGCCACACGUUCGAGCUGAACCAUUCCAAGACCUGAAGCUAGAGUCUCCGACAAGGACACUGACACUGGAGGCUCCCAAAGGUGUUGAAGUGAACGCGGGAGUAGGGGAAUUCAAAGCUUCUUGUAGGAAAGAUCUCACUUUAGAGUCUUCAGAAGGAGAGAUCUUUCUAAACGCAAACUCAAUCCGUCUUGGAAAUCUUCCACAUGGGAGCGUGGACCCAUUGCUUGGUCCAGGGACCACAUACCCCAAACAGACUGUGUACGAGGUGUGUGUAUGUCCCAGCGGCAAGCUCUAUCUGUCUCCUGCAGAGAGCUCCUCUACCUGCCAGACAACCAAUAGUGUGUGUCUCUGGAGCUGAGAAAGGUGGGUGGGCCAUGGACCACCCAGCACCAGAAAGGCCUUUCUUCACCUUCCCUCUCUUGCUCCUUUCUAUCCUCCUCCAGUUCCUCUGUCCUAUUCUCUUUCUUAAGAUUUUUCUGUAAUGCCUUUUUUUUUAUCCACUCUUCCAUCUGUCUGUCCAUCUGCCCUUACAUUUGUCCAUCCAGUAUCUGUCUAUCUGUCUGUUUGUCUAUCUACCCUGUAAACCCGAAUAAGUUGGCAAAAUGCAAAAAAGAAAAAAAGGGGAAAAAGGGGAAAAAAAAUUAGGUAAUCAGUUACAUCAUUUUUUUCUUUUUUUUUUAAGUUAAGAAAUUCAAAGUUUAAGCAGAACUGGCAGAUUUCAAUUUACUCAUACUCAUACAUUUUAAUUGCUCUAAACUUGAAAUUUUUGAGUACGUUAAUUCAUACAUUAAACUUAAAAUUAUUGUGUAAUCUCAAUUUAUAUUUUUAGUAGUGGAAAUUUAUCUAGCUAUAACUAAUUCAGCAAAAGCUAAUUGGUAACACAAUGCUUCAAAUACUUUAACAUAGCAUAGCAAUUGCUGAAAGAAUACAACAAUAUAGAACAUUUAUGAUAUACCUGUUCUCAAACUAAGCUCAUGCUCCACUCAUCACCAUGACGAUGCAGUAACCCCCAAAAAAAUCUGCAUAACAGAAACUCUUCUAAAUUCAGAUAGCAAAGCAUUAAACACUACUAAAUCCCCUACUUUACAUUAAUCUUGCACAAAAACUUAAUUUUAGCAUUUAUUCUCCCUUUCGAGUGUCAUGGCAAAGCAUGCUGGGAAAUAGAAAUCCCAGCCCAGUUUCAGGUAAAUAUAAGUUUGUCUGAAUGAAAAGAAACAAGUUCAUAAAACUCAAAACAAUGAAACAAUUCAGAUAACUUAAAAUGUGUGAGUGAUAUCAAAAGAAAAAUAAAGUUCUGAAUACUCAUAAAAGUUCAUUUGAUUGAACUAAUUUGUUUAAUUUCAGUUUGCCCUACUCAAACCAAUUAAUUAUUUUGAUCUAUCUAUCUAUCUAUCUAUCUAUCUAUCUAUCUAUCUAUCUAUCUAUCUAUCUAUCUAUCUAUCUAUCUAUCUAUCUAUCAUCUGUCUGUCUGUCUGUCAUCAAAGCAUCUUUCUCACACUGACUGUAUAUCACACUUUCACUUCAUUUUGUCCUUUUUUGUCUUGUCUAUUCUCUUCUUCUUUCAAUUUCCCCUUUUUCCCAUCUUCCUCUUCCUCCUUGUCCUCUCAAGCAGAAUUCAGGAAUCAUUUGAUGUAUCUUGGCUCGGUUGAAGCCACAUCUUCCCAAUCUGUAAAUGGAGCAGAAACUCUCUUUUUUUUCUUCUUUUUUUUUUGGUGUGUGUGUAUUUUGUUCCUCUUAUUUUUGUAUGAGCGUCUGACUCAGUGGAGGAUUGUGAAUGUGUGCCGGGACGCUGGACUGCACUCAAGAAUGAGCACACACACGGCGACCCGCAAACGAGCGCGUGUUUUUCUAAAGAAGAUACUAAGGUGCCUUUGCUACUGUUAGUAAAGCACAUCACCUGCUACUGUCCCUCCACGUGCAGUGAGACUAACCUCCACUAGGAAAACUGACCGAACGAACCUUCUCCUCUCCUUUAGUUCAUUGGUCAAAAAGAUAAUACGAUAAACUGAAAGAAAACAAAAACUCUUUUUUUUUUCCCCUCUUGGAUGUUUUUUUUCUUUUUUUUUUCUUUCUUUUUUUUGGAAAAAAGCACAAGAUUAUGCCAUGUAUAUAACAACAUUAAUAAAUAAUAAUAAAAAGAGAAAGUUUAUUUUAAGAAUUUUGUAUUCAAGAAUGCUUGAUAAUGUUUCUUUUUUUAUUGUUUUAGUCUCAUGGACAUGUUUACAUGUACUAUGGUGAGUCAAUGUUAAAAAAAAAAUGUUUAUUUGUUUUAUUUAAAAAAAAAAAAAACUUAUUUCCUGUUAUCAACCAAAUUAAACUUUUGGAUUGUGUUUAGGUCCUAACUAAAAUUGAUCCUGCCAGUCAAAAAGAGGUGCCGUAAUAUUUUUCCCAACUCUGUUUUCUUCUUUCUUUCUUUUUUCUUUGUGUGUGUGUGUGUGUGUGUGUGUGUGUGUGUGUGUGUGUGUGUGUGUGUGUGUGUGUGUGUGUGUGUUGGUUCUUUCCUCCACAUGAUGCAGUGCAAAAAUCAAUAUUGCAAGUUUAUUAUUAAUCGUCAUUGUUACAUUAUUUACUGUUUUCAGUAUUUCAGACCAUGGACCACUGCACUUGAGUAAAUUAAAAUAUGAUUUAGAGGGUCAUUUCUGCAAAAAGAUUUCAAAGUGAAAGUGAACUGCCAAUAUGGAAUAACCAUUCACAGUGUUCUGUUGGGAAAAGUGUAUACAGUAAUGAGAAAUAGUUUUUGACCUAUUUGGAAUUAAAUGCAUUUACGCAAGAAUAGCUCCUAAAAUAUAAUUUCAUAGUAAUAAAUUAAAUGAUAAUCAAAGACAGUUCCAUUUCUUAAGCAACAUGCACAAAUUUAGAAGCCAUUCAUGUAAAAAUCUAAUUCCAAAGAGGUUAACAAACUUAGCAGUAAUCCAAUAACACUUGUGUUUAUGGCUGUCAUCAAUCUCAUUAUGACACAUUAUGAAACGUUUGAGAAUUUUGACUGCAGUUUUCUUCAAUUGCGAGAGACAUAUAUAACGUAUGUUUGGCAAUAGGAGAUAAAAGGUGAAAAAUAAAGUAAUCAAGCCUAUAUAUAUAUAAAAUAACUGAAGCAUAGCUCUAAGUUUAAAAGCUCAACUUUGUUUUGUUUUUUGGAUAACCAAGACCUGACAAAAGAUAUCCAAGCCACAAAUGCCCUCAUAAAUGUUUAAAAUAUGGAAAAACCUGACUGGAUUCUAGAUAGCAAACUCUAGAAUAACACAGAAUGGGCUAAUGUACAGUAGUAUGGGGUGCUUAGCAUCAAAAAAACUAUUUAUUUAUUUUUUGUGUUUACGUUCUGUAGGAGAGAAGAUUUCUUAAACUAAAACAAAGAUAUAUUUUCUUACAAAUCCUAUGCAAUGUGUUUGUAAGAUUGCUGUGAGGUUGGAACAUUAUUCAGUUAUAUAAGAGGUCAUGUUAAUGUCCUAGAUUUUCUUUUCAUCAUAACUCCAGUAUUAUAACAUUCAAAUUAAACUGGCUCGUGAAAUGAGUUUGAAAAUAAUUAAAAAUAAACAUGAAAUGAUGAACACAUGCAAAUAUGUUUAUUUGGGAAAUUAAAUGUCUUUAUUUGGGAGAUGAAACCCAAUCACUGUCUUUCCCUUCAUUCAAUUUCCAUGUUAUUUCUCAGCAAUUUUAGUGCCAUUGACAUUUGGCAGAGUCUAGGGGAGUCGGUUUAUUUUCUGUGAAGAAAAGUAUGGACAAAUGUUACUACAUCUCCUGGUCUCUGUCUUUUUAUUUCUUGAUUUUGUCUGUCCAUUUUCUAUCAAUUUUUGACUAGAAUGGGUAGAGGCAGGCAGAGGCAGUCUUUGAGGCUUUCGGAUCAAAUUUACCAUGAAAUAGAACAUCUUCAUAAAAGGAUGAGGUCAGUGCUUUGGUUAGGACUCACUCCUCUGGCACCUCCAUUCUCAUUUGGAAAAGCAGAGAGGUCUUAUAAAGCUUACGAACUCUGGGAGAGAAGCUAAACAUCAGAGGAGAGUGAGGGCCAUAAAAAGCCUAUUCAUUCUUCAUUGUAUUUCGUGCUCAUAAAUUUUGGCACACUAAUAAAUACGUGUUUUGAGUGUAAAACAAAAACCCCUUAAGGUUUUUUGUUUGUUGGUUUCUUUUUAAACAUAUGUCAUUUUCAGUUAUUGCACUUUAUUUACCCUUCUGUGUGUUUUAAAAUGAGAUUUGACAGUGAAAUAUGAUUAAAUCUGUUUCCAAGGGCUUUGAAAAAAACUCUGUUAAGUCUUGAGAUGCAGAUUCAUAACAAAUUCAGUGUGAAUUUCAUUCUUAUUGUUGAAUGCCAUCUGUACUACAGUGUUUGAAAGUUGAAAGAGAUUAAAAUAGCUUUCCUGAACAAUUAAUAACUUGUCUAGGACAAAAUAGCUGUUGACUGAGUUCACUUGGAUUGAAUAGCGUCUAAGAAGAUUGCUGAAAUUUAAUUUUGGUUGUAUUCUGCUUUAAAUAAUGAAUGUUUAUGAGAUGCCUCAUUGGCAUUCAGAUGGGAUAAAUGUGUUGAAUAAAGAGUCGAGAGGUAGACGAACAGAACGCCCUGGAGGCAAAUUACUGAAAUCACAUGUACGCACACACAAACGCUUGACAGUUUUCACCGUUUUUUUAUAUUUUCACUAUCAUUCGCACUUCAAUUGUCUCCUGCUUUUUCAGUGAACUUACACCAUCAGACCCAAUAGUCAUGAAGGGCAACAUUCAAAUAGCAUUUACAGUUACUUUGGCAUGUGGGACUUAUUUGCUAACCACCUGCAAUUCAGUUUAACCUGUAAAGUUAAAUCAUUGUUAUGUCAAUUGUAGGUUUAUUAUAUAUAGUGUCUUUUUCACUAAACUGUUUCCCUGGUGCAAUCCAUGUUGCACUAUUUCUAUGCACAAAAUGUAAUUUUAAAGAGAUAUUUUGUUUUGCUUUUCUGUCGAUCAUGGCAGCAGUAAUUCAUCAAAUGAUGUACAAGAACAUUAUAACUGGGCAUAUAUCCAGAUAUGGAGGGUAGAUAAA